ACGCAACUUUUAAGAACUUGAAGCUCAGUGGGGAGGUUUCAACUUAUUGUUCGUUUAUCAAAAUAACGGCUAAUUUCUUCAAUGGAAAAAGCAAUGCAACGUGGUAAAACCAGCAAGAAAAAAAGCGAACAACCUGAAAUUAAAUGGCGACAUACUAGUGUGGCUGUAGAAAAAGGGAAAGUCACAUACAGUUGCAAGUUCUGGGGUUACCAGGCUGUUAGUCAAUCAAAAGGUUCAGAGAUGAUUAAAGAGACUAUAAAGAAAUUACAGUUUGCCAAUGACAUGAAGAAGAGUGAAGAAGGGUUGAAGGCCAGCAAACUAAAGAAAGUGGAGUUGUGUAUUUCAAUUGAUAAUCUGAUUUUAACAGAGACAAAAACAAAAACUACAUUGUACAACUUUCCAUUGGAAAGGGUCUCAUACUGUUCUGAUGAUAAAGCUACGAAGAAGUUGUUUGGUUUUAUUGCAAGGAAUAAGGAAUCGUCUCAACAUCAUUGUUAUAUUCUUGAAUCUGAUAAAAAUGCUGAAGAAUUGACCUUAGCUGUUGGGCAAGCAUUUACAUUGGCAUACAAACGUUUUAAAGAAAAUCAGGCUGUUGCAGGAAACGAUGUCAAUGAAAUGAAAGAACGUGUUGAAACUGCAGAAAAGGAAAAUGAAGUCUUAAGAAAGAAACUUGAAGAAUUGGAAAAAAUAAAUAAAGAGCAAGCAACGAAUACCCGACCAUCAUUAGCAUCCAUUGCUAAACCUCGAGUAAAUGAGAACAACCAACAAACAUUUGAUCCAUUUGCCGAGAAGACUGCACCUGUGUUCGAGUCAUCCUCCUUUGACAUCCAAAGCCCCUCUCCGUUCCCCACGGAACACAGACCAUUACCCCCUAGUAUUGCAUCCAAUCCAUUUGAAAUGUCAGCAGCCGAGUCCCAUGCAGCACAAAGUCAUAAAAAUGAUGGCGAUCUCCUUGGCGUGUAUGGAAGCAAGGGAUCUUUAACUGGUGUUUCGUCGAAUGAUGUCAACAAUAUGUUUGAUCCACUCGCUGAAAUAGAUAACAAUAGUGAAGUAUCUCAGUCAGAACAAAAUGCUGUUGAUCAGAAUGAACACAUUUACGCAACUGUAUCUCGACCAAAACCUGCACCUUUAUCUACAGGUCUAUUACCACCUCCACCAUCAAAACAAAGUAUUAUGGAGAAAAACAGGAAUUCUGGUAACAAAGUCGAGUCCAACAACGGGAGUUUUACUAAUUCCGGUAUAGGCAUGCAGACAAAUUCACCAACAACAUUUGAAAGUCAGAAUGGCGUGCAAAAUAACCUGGUUAUUUUUUAAGAAGCAUCAGCAAGAGUCCGACACAUAAAUUGGAGAUUUUGUGCGACAUCGUACUUGAUGAAAAAGAUGAAAUUAUAGUUUGAAGAGAAUGUGUAUAAAUAUUUUGUGUUGAGCAUGUUUACGUAUGCAAGAGUUUUACGUCGAUUUGUUUUGUUUAUACAUACUAUAUUGUGCACAAUAUAUUGUAGUCAAAAUCAAUGUAUAACAUAUAAUUUCUAAUUUUUACCUUAUGGCAAACACGUGUUGAGUGUAUAAUGAAAUUUAUAAUAUAUACAAAGGAAAAUAAUUACAUGUUACAAUAAAAAAUUGAGGUAGUUUCUUUGGAAGCAUAUAUUAUAAUACAUUAAUCCCAUGUUAUUAGACUUUUUCUAUUAUACACAUUUAUACUUUUUUGCAACACAAUUUCAACAUGGUCUCACGGAUAA